UAGCAACAUUCAUUCAAGAAGGAAGGGCACUGCGAUCACUUUGGAAAGGCACACGGUUAGAAGAGCCUGUGUUAUCCAACAUAUUUACUUGGAUCAGCCACGAGCUGUUCCGAGACAUCGAACUGACGCCUAUUGCUCUACGACAUGCGAUACAAAAACAUCUUUUAACCGGCCGGAAAGAUAUAACAGAGGUCCUUAUAGACAUAUUUACCGGAUCUGGGCAGAAUGAGAACACGCUUGAAGCACUCCAAAAUCAAGUACUUGACCCACAGUAUGACAAGGCUAAUUAUGCUAUAUAUUUCUAUUGUCUAGCAACGUUUCUUGACAUUGACAUUUAUGUCGUGAAUUCAGAGAGUAACAAUGAAUGCAAAUGGAACGAAUACAAGUCAUUGAAAUUACUGAAUAUUGAACAAGAAAUAGAUUACAGAAACAAGAUCUACAAGUUUGAUGUUAACAGAAAUAAACAACCCGGCUUCCUGAUGGCGUACAUGCACAUGGAUGCCAGCGGACUGAAUAUGUACAAAAUACGAUCACAAUCAAGCCAUCCUCGGAGACCGGAAUGCAAAGGAAUGGUCGAGCUGGAGGCACGAAAAUUAAAAAGUACUCCACUAGGUACGAUUACAGUACCGACCUGGUUGGUUGUUGAUGUUCAACAGAAUGCCGCUCAGAUACCAGAGAAGUGCAAACGUAUCAGCUUCUGGGUAGAAGAAUUUUGUCGUGAAACAGACUGCUGGCAUAUUUAUGUAAUGGUAAUUGAGGUCCCAAAUUCAGACUCUUGGAGUAAACACAGAGUACCAAGUUCUGAUUCCACACUCCGUCUUAAGUUAAUAAAGCAUUUGUCAGACGCUUCAAGGGAUCACGUGUUAACGUUCUGCAGAAUUCUUUUAAGGCGUUGCGAAUUCAAAGUUUUAGAGGGUUUGAGUGACCACUUUAAAUCAGCUGAUAUUCCAUUCACACAUAAAUACGCAGUUUUAAGCAAUUUUGAGACGGAAUUAGGAAAGUUCAAUGCAGCUAUAUCAGUCGGGACAAAACCGUCUGAAUUUCAAGAAAGGAGGGGAAGAGUCAACAAUGCAGUCAUUGGUACAUCCAUAUCCGGCUUGGUUGGAGGUGUUCUCGGAGUUGUUGGUCUUGCUCUCAUUCCAGUAACAUUCGGAGUAUCCUUAGGUUUAACCAUUGCCGGUGGUGCGAUUGGUGCCUCAAGCGGAAUAGUGCAAGGCGGUUUCCGCGUUCACGAAGCGGUUAAGCAGAACCAAUCAACUGCUAAAAUUAGGGAAACGUUGGAAAAGGUAAGAGGCGACUUUGAACAAGCGCUUACAGAUUUCACGGGAGAAUUCAAAAUAGAUGCCAUUGGAAACAGCGGUCCUGAAAGUCCAGGUUUGAACAUUCGAGGUAGUUUAUCAAUAGGAGCGAUUUUACGGUCAGUUCAUAGCGGUGUUGGGAUAGGUUUUGCUGCUGCUAAAGUUGGUGCCUCCGCUGCAACAGCAGCAGCAGCCGUUCUGGCUCCAGUUAGUCUUAUCCUUGACGGAGGAUUUAUGGCAGAAGCGAUUUAUGGCAAGGCAACAGGUAAUCACACCGAAGUCGGGAGGAAACUUGAAUGUUUACGAGUUUUUCAGACUAUUGUUAAUGCGACAUACCGGGGAAACGCUGACUUUAACACAAACAUUGUCGAAAGAAUCAUGCAGAAUGAUUAAGAGGUAAACAUAUGCGAAAAUACCAUCGUUAACAUAAUUCUUAUGGCCGGUGCAAAAUAUGUUUGUUAAUACACACGUAAUUUUAUCUUCAGUUCUUGCAAUAUGAAAAAGACCUUUCUUUUAAAUCUGAAGUCAAUGAUCUUAGUGGAAGGCUAUCUUCUUAUUUUGUCUUUUUUUUCCACCUGUGUAAAAUUGCUUAGCAAUAGUAUAACACUUAUUUGUCAUGUAUCAACCGAGGAGAAUACCGUUAUAACAUCAAGUUUUUAGACAUGAAAAUGCAUUUAAACUUUACAUCACUACUGUGUUUGCACUUUCUGUUGUAUUUUAAAUACGUUUGUAAAUACAUGUAUGUUGUUUUUGUAAUUGUUUAACCCAAAGAUUUCUAAAAUUGUGUUUGAAUAUUUGUCUGGUACCUUAUUAACCACAUAAUUUUUCUGAUUGUGUGAAAGGUAUGUUUAGUUGCCAUUAGUGUGACAGAUAGUCGGUUUAUGCAUGUAUUACUUUGUUGUUUGUUAAAUUUUUGCAUGUUCAUUUUAUGUUUUGAAGAACUUUUUGUUGUUAAAGCAUCGUGUACGAAAUGCUCGGACAAUAAAUUAGUUUCAAUGCAAAUUUUAAAUGUAUUGCAUACUAAAUACAAAAAUUAAGAACAAUAUAGCAUCUGCUUUAGCUGGAGUGUAGUUUGUGACUGUCUUUAGACGUGUUUAAAAAUAAUAAAGACCAAUUAAAACGCAAACCUACCACUUAUAAGCAUCAUGUUCUUAAUCAUUACAGAUACGAUUCUUGAAAGUAGCGCGAUAAAAAGUUCUGGCAGAUAAUUAAAGAAUUAUUGACCAUAUUGGUAUGAGAUCAUAAUAAUAUAAUUUAAGUUUGUAAUGUGUGCACUCUAAUCGAAUUCCACAGCACUUUGAAGAAUUAAACUUUGGCAACACUCUUACAAUAUCCGAAAAUGUUCAAGGUUAGAAAUUCAGUCUUAUUUAGUAAUUUCUUAUAUUUUUUCUUCACAAGUAUAAUGAUUUAAAUGAUUCAAUUAAUAACUUUACUAGUUUUAUUAUGAAUACAUGCAUAUAUUUUGUUUGAAGUUUUAUAUCGUGUAUUAUGAAAUCGUCUAAAAUGCAUUACAACAUUAUGAAAUGUGU